AUGGGUCGGCUGCGCGCGCCGAUCAUGGAUCAGCCACGUCACAUUCACGAUCUCGCCGAUGAACUCCUCAGUGAGAUUGUAGAUUUACUUGACCCACCCCGAGUGAUAUACACCAAGCCCAAUGGGAAAGUUCAUGAGUCCAUCAACAUCUUUGGGGAAGCAUCCGAUCUUGAUCGCUUCCGUCUCGUAUGCAAGAGGUUCAUGCGCAUUGGAACACCGCACAGGUUCUCUCGUUUUACUUUGCGAUUCUCCAAACAUGGAUUUCGGCGACUAGAUCAGCUGCUAGAGAUGCAGCUAGCUUGCUAUGUGAAGAGCAUCACAUACAUGGUGCGGCCAUUCUACCAAGGCGGCGGGUGGCCUCAAAUAAUGCAAGAGCUAGAAAGCCAGAGACCAACGCUAUUCCGAGCCCAUAGCCACCGAUACCGCGAGCAAACAGAUUUGACCCUCCACAACCACGAUGUAUCGCGGCUCCGUCUCGUCCUCGCUGCAUCAACAUCCUUACAAGAAAUUACCCUCCUAAGAUUGCAAGAUGGAGCGGACGACCUCCUCUUACACUUCAUGCGUACCCACUCAACGGCAUCAUUCAACUGGGAACCUGCUUGCACAAGGGCAAUAACAAGCUUAGGCAUUGCACUUUUAAAUUCAACCUCCAAAAUACGAUUUACAGCACCCCAAAUCAGUCCCGAGGCAACCCUAAACCUCAUACACACCCCACCAGAAUCUUUCUCCGCAAUGGGAUCCCACAUCACAAGCCUCGACAUCAACAUCCCCUCAACCACCGGUCUCGCAAACACAAUCUCCUCUCUCUCCCCCCUCCUUCUUCGUUUCUUCAUAGCAGCCAAAAGCCUCACCGCAUUCCACAUCGGCUUCCUGGGUCGCCAUCCUUUAGACCUCAAUCUAAACCCGAUGCUCCAACACAUCCACCGAAAAACACUACGCAAACUAAGCAUCCAAGGCUGGCGUCUAGAUGCAAGCGAGCUCAUCGCAGUAGCACGCAACCAUGCUCAGCUCCGGGAUCUGAGACUUGUGGGAAUCUCUCUACGAACAGGACUAUGGCGGGACGUUCUUCUCGUUCUGCGCGAGGAAUUGGUCCUAGAUCAUAUCGAGUUGAGGGAGAUUGACUACGAUAAUUACUUUGAUUCGAUUGUGAGCACUGGUAUGGAUGUUUCUAAUGUUGGACCGGUUGGUGUUUUUGGACCUGCGCCUUCUCCUCUUACUGUUUCUGCUGGGACGGCUGAGGUGGGAUCGGCUGGUGUGCCGGCCUUGAGGGGGAGACGGGGGUUGCUGAGGCGGGAUUCUGUGGAAAAGUUGAGGGAUUUGGCGGUGGAAGAUUUGGGGGAUGAUGGGGUGAGGGUUAUGAGGAGACAAUUGCCUCUUUGGGAGGCUUGGGUGCUUUCUUCUAUGGGGAGGAGUGGAAGGAAUGGGAGGUCGUGGAAUAUGUAG